UCAGUCAUUCGCCAGUCCAGCGAUAUAAAUAUUAUUGAGUUUAAUACAAAAAUAUAAGAUAAAUACUAUUUUAUUGUUACAACUAUUGUGCUGAUAAAAUUACUUUCAUAAAAAAAUAUACUUUUAUUCACUAGUGAUAUCAUAACAUGAGCCAAUCAAAUACUGCCGCUCAUAUACCAGAAUGUUUGAGGGACGACUCUGAAGAUGGCAAAUCCAAACUUAGAAAAUGGUUGAACAUGAACUUCCGAAUUGAAAUGACUGAUGGAAGGGUCCUCAUUGGUGUGUUUCUCUGUACAGAUCGGGAUGCCAACGUAAUUUUAGGAGCUUGCUCAGAGUACCUGAAGAGUAAUGAUGGUGAAACAGAAGAGCCCAGAGUACUGGGUCUAGUCAUGGUGCCUGGCCGGCACAUUGUCUCCAUACAGAUUGACGACAUGGCCGCACAGCGCAGAACUGCUCCCAUUAUGAAUGAUUCUAUGUGGUUAUAAUUGUGAGUGUAAUAUUUUUAUUUAUUUAAAUAAGAGAAUAAAAUUUCAAACCCGUCAAAA